UUAAAUAAUGGAAUUCUCACAAAAAGUUUUAUACUUGUUGCAAUUGGGACACUUAUUUUGACUUCAAAAUAAUUUCGAAAGAGUGAUUUCGGAUUUUUGAUGUAAAUUUUGAUCAAACAAAGAAAAAACUAAAAUCGAAACCAAAAAAUAAAUUGGAAAUAUUGGUAAUUAUUUUUAUAAAUGAUGUUCAGAUUAAUGGUGAUUAAAUGUUAUCAGAUUUAUACAAUUUAGCAAUCCAUGUACUAAUUUUUCAGAUGGUUGAUGAACUUCUGAACAUUGAGAAAAAUCCGCUAAGCCGCAAUAUAACAUGUCAUCUGACGCGCCUUUGUGCUUGUAUGACGCUGACUUUGGAGGAGAAUUUGAGUGGAUUUACGAAGCUGAAUGCCAUGAAGACAACCUCACCUCCCUCCAGCAGCUUUGGGCUGAGCAUUCCAUCAAAGCAACAAUGGUGAAGAGCAUGCUGAAUGACCUCGAGAAAGCUAAAGUGGAAACAGACUGAGACAUUGCGCCCUGGUGUGAUCUGAGUCCCCCUUUACUGAUGCAGUCUGAAUGGCUCCUAGAAGACAGGAAUCCUAAGGUGCUGAUGGAGAGACAGGGAGGCUUGACCCUUGACGAGAUGAUAGCAUCACACGAGUCGAGAAAACAGCGAUGGAGAGAAAAUGCUGAAAUUGAAGCGCAGGACGAUAGCAGUGAAGAGGAGAUGACGUCACAGAAACGUCAACGGCUUGAAAUUGAUAAGCCUAGCCACAUAGAUGAUAAGCCAUUUGGAACAUUAGAUAAACCCAAGUCCGGAGAGAAUAAGGAUCCUCACAUAAUUUAUGAAGAAAACAAUAAAGAAGAUGAUGACACUGUAAGGGACAUUGAUGGAAAAACUACUAGUAUGAAGGCUGAUCAAGAUAUUUGCGGUUCUAAAACCUCUCUUAAAGAUAAUGGGGAGGAAAACUUUCCUUUGAGAAUUGUCAUGAGAAAUUCUCAGUCCAAUGAUUAAUUUGAAAAAUAAGACGUUAAUCAGGAUUUUGUUGUAGAAUACAUUGAAAUUUAUUUGCAAGGAUUAAUGCUAUUGAGAAUUUUAAAACAUGGUUAUAAUGGAAUCGUGUUGAAAUACAAACUGAUUGAGAAAAUUUAUUUCAUUUUUAGAUUUACUGUACAUCAGGUUACGAUACUGACCAAUUUGAUAGAGAAUAUCUCACGACAAACACAGAGGUUAAUAAUGACACAUAUUACUCGAUGAUUUAUACUGCAAUAAGACAUGGACUCAAGCUGCUCAAGGUAAAGGAAAGGCAAAGUGUUAGAGAAGAACCUGGAUGAAAACUUUUACCAGUUGUAUGGUAGAAGGGUGAUAAUUGGUGAUCAUUACUUCAAUGUCAAGGCAAGUUGUUGGAAUUAGAGAGGAGAGCAUAGUGGAGAAGGUCAAGGUUAAUGGUGUUUAUGACACUGAGGUCAAUGUAUAGAGAAAGGGACAUUGAAAAGGUCAUGGCCUUAGAUGAAAAACAAGGUCAAUGUUGUUCAUCACUCUAAGGUCAAGGUCUGUUAUUCAAGUCAGAGUGGAGAGAAGGCUUCAGAGGCUUCAGAGAAAAAAAAACAAGAUCAAGGGUUUUCAUUACGCUUAAGGUCAAGGCCAGAAUUUCAUGUUAGAGAGGAGAGAAUAGUUGAAAAGGUCAAGGCUGUGGAAAACAGAAACCAAACAAACAAGGUUUUUAUCAGUGUAGUUGUAUAUAAUGGGUGCUAUAUGUUUGAGGUUCAUUACCCUAUGUGUGUACGGUCAAGGCCAGUAGUUUGCUUUUAACCAUGUGAGUCACUGCAGUUGGACCAAAAUCAAAUGAAUUGAACUGAUAUUCAUCAUUAAUCUGUCACAUAGAAUUGAGUAAAGCAUGUUUACCUUGUUUUCUUGUACUCUAGAUAUAUGGAGUUAUUGAGCGUAUGUCAGGCUUUUUUGUGUUUGUGGUAAUUUUGACCACUAUUUUGGUUAAGUGCUUUCUGUGUUUAUUGGUUGCUGUUGAUUGCCUUAUUCUAGAGAAGCACUUUUUUCAGAUUUUUUAGUUCUGGUCAAUUUUACAAGGCCAUUAUUUAAUUUAUUCGAAAAGCACUGAUAAAUUGUUUUAUAUUUGUGGUCUGCUGUUGCAUGAAAACUAAACCCUCCCAAAAUGCAACAUCAUUGAGGGUUGCUUGCAGAAAAAGAAAUAAAUCCGUUUGGUCUGCUGGAACUUACAACAGCCGUGCUGGAGGUCUUCAGUAUGUUUUUUUUUAUCAUGAUCAUGAACUUUGUAAAUUUUUUUUUUUUGAAAUAUGUAAAAUGUGUGUUUUACACAUUGUCUUCUGUUUUAUUGGUUUGUUAACUAAAUUUAUAUUUUAUGGUAUGUUGCCAUGGUAAUGGGACCAUUGUUUACAUUUUAUACUUCCAUUGUUGUUGAAAAAACAUUAGAAUAUAUGAAUAUUUAUAUUUAUACUCCUGCAAACAAAGUUUGAAGUCUGCAUAGGGUUGGUCUGUUGGGCGGAUAGUCAGUUGGCUAAAUGCUGUAUAGCGAUAUUCUCCAACAGUUUAAGAGAUAAUACUCUGAUACUAUGUACACAUUCCCACCUUGAUGGGUAAUAUUGCCUGAAGUAUUUUUAUUGACCUGUGGCCACCACGACUUACACGUACAGUAACAUGCCCUAGAGUAGGAUUUUUACACAUUAGGCUACUUGAAUAUUGAGGUUUGUGAAGCGAACAACUCCCACAGUUUCAGAGGUAUUUCUCUGGCCCAAUUUUCUGGAAACUUCAUAAGUCCCUUUAAACAGGAUUAAGUUAAGCUGACUAUUUGUUGUUUUUCAAUAAUUUGCGAAAUAUUUUCUUGUUUUGUAUACUUUAGACAGGAAUUAUCUUUAUGAUAGCAUGGACCCGUAGUAGGUACGUGAUGAUAAUAUUAAUGUUCAAAACAUAAACUCAUGUGCCACCCCUAUCAAAGAUUCAGACC